GAUGAGCCUGUGGCAUGGAAUCCACUCACCUGGGGCCUGUCCUGGAGGCUGUCAUGCAGCCAAGUGAAAGGGAACCCUGGAAGGUCAAUUCAUCAAGAGCCCCCCGGGCUGGGAGGUGGGUGUCUAUGCAGCAGGGGCCUUGGCACUGCUCGGAAUUGCAGCUGUGAGUCUGUGGAAGCUAUGGACAUCGGGGAGCUUCCCCAGCCCCUCCCCAUUCCCAAAUUAUGACUACAGGUACCUGCAGCAGAAGUACGGCGAGUCCUACACGGAGGACAGGCCAAAGAGAGUGCCUCCCUGGAAUGCCCAGCGGGUCAGCGCUCAGGGACCAUCCAGCCGCAAAGGCAGCCUCAGCAUCGAGGAUACCUUUGAGAGCAUCAGUGAGCUGGGUCCCCUGGAGCUGAUGGGCCGGGAGCUGGACCUGGCCCCCUAUGGGACCCUCCGCAAGUCCCAGUCAGCUGACUCCCUGAACUCAGUCUCCUCCGUGAGCAACACUUUUGGGCAGGACUUCACACUGGGCCAGGUGGAAGUGAGCAUGGACUAUGACACCAGCUCCCACACCCUCCACGUGGCCGUGCUGCAGGGCAAGGACCUCCUGGAGCGGGAGGAGGCCAGCUUCGAGUCCUGCUUCAUGCGCAUCAGCCUGCUGCCGGAUGAACAAAUCAUGGGCAUUUCCCGGAUCCAGCGGAACGCCUACUCCAUCUUCUUCGAUGAGAAGUUCUCCAUCCCCUUGGAUCCUACAGCCCUGGAGGAGAAGAGCCUGCGGUUCUCCGUGUUCGGCAUCAAUGAGGAUGAGCAGAAUGUCAGCACGGGGGUGGUGGAGCUGAAGCUGUCUGUGCUUGACCUCACACUGCAGCCCUUCAGUGGCUGGCUCUACUUACAGGACCAGAACAAGGCCGCCGACACAGUAGGGGAGAUCCUGUUGUCCCUCAGCUACCUGCCUACGGCUGAGCGUCUCACCGUGGUUGUGGUGAAGGCCAAGAAUCUCAUCUGGACCAACGACAAGACCACAGCGGAUCCCUUUGUCAAGGUGUACCUGCUGCAGGAUGGGAGGAAGAUGAGCAAAAAGAAGACAGCUGUGAAGAAGGAUGACCCCAACCCAGUGUUCAACGAAGCCAUGAUCUUCUCGGUGCCGGCCAUUGUGCUUCAGGACCUGUCUCUCCGAGUGACAGUGGCUGAGAGCAGCAGCGAUGGUCGUGGGGACGUGGGCCAUGUCAUCAUCGGGCCAUCAGCCAGUGGCAUGGGCACCACACACUGGAACCAGAUGCUGGCCACACUGCGCAGGCCUGUGUCCAUGUGGCACCCUGUCCGGCGAAACUAGCAGGCAGGACAGGCCAGGUGGGCAGCAGAGCCACUGGGCCUGGCGCAGAUACAGCUCCAUCCAAUGCCCUCUCUGUCGCCCAGCUGGAGCCGUGAAUGCUGGGGCUCCCCAGUAGAGUCCCCAUCAGCCAUCUUGGAUCUUCUUUCCAGACUGCAGUAGAGGAACUGGUGUGGUUCUGCAUCCAGGGACCGAGGGUUUUCUGCUGAGGACCAGCUAUGGCUGGGCCAGGACCCAGG